AUGGUUGACAGUGAGCAAGAUGACAUUGAGAACCUGGACCUUAAGGAUGAGGAUAUCUAUGUUGAAGUUGAUAACCAUGGUGAAGCUAAUAACCAUGGUGAAGCUGAUGACAAUGGUAAAGGGGAGAACGCCGGUGACAAGGAGAAUACUGGCGAUGAAAAUGACUUCAUUGAAGGUGAAGGCAUGAGUUAUCCUAGUUCUGAGGAGAUAAUUAAGCUCCAAGCUCAAGUGUCAACUCAGAAUAUCACCAUCCUGCUGCAGCAGACGCCCAUUGAUGGACUCAAGAAGCAUACUCGAAGCCUUGAGGCUGAGUUGCGCAUUGCCACGAACGAGGCGCCCCUACCUGAGUUUAUCAAUGGCAAGACAUUAGUGGAGCCUUGGCUUGACCUGGUGGAUACCACCAUGACCCUUGCUAAUGGGCGUCCCAAGGCUCGCGUCACCGCAGCAAAUCGUGCAUUGGACGAAGUGGCUCGCAUGGCGCUGUAUGGCGCUAAGAAGCAGGCGCAGGGACCAUUUGAAUGGCUAGAAUUCUGCAUCGCUCUGAAAGAGGCAUUCAUAUUCAAGAAGUCCGACCUCGAACUGCGCGGACACCUUCAGAGUAUCAAGUGUCGUGACCGUUCGGUGCAGGACUAUGCGGUCGAGUUCGAAGCCGCGGCACGCAUGGUCCUGAAGCCCUUGUCCGAUGAAAAGAUGAUGCACACCUUCAUGAAAGGCCUUCCUGUCAAGCUGCAGCAGGCACGCGUGACUGGUGGCAUGACCAAUUGGAUGACUUACAAAGAAAUGAAGAGGCAGGUGAUCAAAACUGACAACAUCAUUCGCACGUACAUGUUUGGUUCCGAAAAGCCAGGCCGGCAGCCCCGUACUGAAGGCUCUGGUGGUCAUGGGAACCGACCCCAGAAUGUCACCGGUGGAGGCGGUUGGAACAAGCGGCCUUCCCAGUAG